AUGCUUGCUGGUAUACUCGUCGACGUGUCCGGUUCUAUGAAGAACAGUCUUCAAUUGCAUGUUCAACCGACUAAUCAAGACGUAACUCGUGCUCAGUCAAUUUUUACCACUAUUAUGAAUAUAGUGGGAGGUGAAGUGAGCUCUCAAAAGGACCAUGAUGUGUUCGUUUUAGCUUUUGGAUUACAAGACAUCGCUACAUGUGACUUACUUGCUUUGUUAGAUUAUAUUCAAACAAUAGAUCUGAAAAGUGAUGGUAAAGGUCACGAAAAUCUCAUCCGGUUGUUGGCAAGUAAUGGAGCACCAUAUGCUGAUCAAUACGUAAGAAAAUACGUUUCAGAAAGACAAGCACAGUUUCUGUUCAAGUUUUAUUCACAAAAUGAAAACCGUGAUCUGUUAGCUGAUGUUGUACAGAAAUUACCGUCAGUUUGCACAGAGAAUAGUGUGAAAUCCAAGGCAAUCAACGGUGGUAUUUUCGUAUUGAAUUUCUUCAAUGCUCCGCUUGUGGAUUGGAUGGAAGACAGGCAGACCAAAGAAAAAAUUGAAGACGCAAUGAAAUAUGCUAAAGAUGUCAUACGUCAAAGAUCUUUGCCAAAAUUAAAAACGAUGGAACAACCACGAAGUAAGACCUUCCAAUCUACCAUGAAUCUGUUAAAGCAGGUAACUGGCACAUGGACAAACCCAUCCAAAACGCAGUCAACAUUUACAUCUGCCCAGCUAUCAGCGUUAGUUGAUUCCAUUGAACCCUUCAUUUAUGGAGAGACUCCAAUGUGUAAAGCUAUACAGUCUGCGGUCAAUACAUAUUAUUCUAGUAGCCAUGAACAGAAAGUUCUAUUUCUACUGUCGGAUGGAGAAUCGACAGACGGGAAUCCUGUACAAUUCGCUUCAAAACUACAUGAUCAAAACGUGCUUGUUUUCGCUUGCUUAUUAACUUCGCAAAGCAUCUCAUAUCCACGACGAUUAUAUUAUAAAGCUGAUCCUAACUGGAGUCAAGCUCAAAAACAAAUGUUUGAACUCAGUUCUACAGUCGAAAACUGUCAUUCAGCAAUGUCGAUCCUUCUGGAACAAGGUUGGGAAUUGCCUGCCGAUGGUCAUAGCCGUAUUUUCAUUCAAGCAAAUCAUCCUGAUGUGAUUAAAGAAUUUUCAAACUUAAUGAAUGAUAUUUCCGAACAUAAUGAUGUUUUACUGAAUUUAGUCGGCCGUGCCUCGUUAGAUAUGUACAUCAAUGCUGCCAAUUCAAGUUUCAACGUAACAGAACAAUCAGGUGGUACUUGUUAUGCUCAUGCUGUUGCCACUGUAUGUCAUUUGGCAAUGCGUCGAAUUGAAGGUCGGGAAAAUGGGGUACCUGACUUUGAUAUUAUCCUUCAACAGCUGAUCCAUGCAUAUGGUACAGAAGGGGCAAAUACUGAAAAUGUUCUAAAUGUCUGGGCUCCCAGACAUCGUUUACAUUACAAGAAAGUAGAUGAACUCGGUGCACGACAGGCAAUUAAUCGACGACGACCAGUUGUCGCGACAUUUCAAUUAGAUGAUCAACAAUGGACUGCUUUUUCGAUGUUUUACAAGAAUCAUCCGCAAGGUGUAUUGGAAAGUCAAAACUUAGGCGCCAGAUCUGGAUCAAAACUAUCUGGACAUGCUGUUGUGCUGAUGAAAUGUGAUCCGACCAGUUUAACAUUCAUUAACUCAUGGGGCACUGGGUUUGCAGACAAAGGUUUUUUCCGAGUUCGAAAUCAAGCGGUAUUAAAUCUACAGUUUUAUGAUGUUUAUUGGACUUUAAAUGAUUUGACGGCAAGUGAAAUUCAAGCAUUUGAAAUGAAGAGCAGUGAAAAAGUACGAAAUCUGAUAGAAAAUUUACCACCAGGUAUUAAAAAUUUACCUUAUGAAUGUCCUAAUUGUCAUCAAUAUUCUGUCGUACAUACAUACAUAAUACAUUUCUCGGAUGCAGAAUGCCCUAAAUGCCAUCAACGUUUCAAACCAACUCCAUCCGGACUCAACGUCACUGGCUAUACACAUUAA